GGAGUUUCUGUGGAGCAGCGCUGGAAGCAGGAACUGGAAGCAGAGCAGCAGGUUAGAGAUUUUCAGCUCCAACCUGAGAUUAUUAUUAAUGCUGCAGAGCGGCCGGGGCAGAGCGGCGCUCCUCCUCCUCCUCACCGUGUUUAUCGCGCUGCUCGCGGCCUUCCUACACUACACAGACCCGGACCCGCACCCGGACACACAGCCGGACCGCAGGAUGAAUUUGCCAGUGAUGGAGGAAACGUUCCGACAGCAGAAUAAAAGCUGUUUCAUUCUGGGAGCUUCGGGAGAGACGGGAAAACAGCUGUUAAAGGAAAUCAUGGAGAGCAAAAUUUUCUCUAAAGUCACUCUGAUUGGACGACGGACGUUGACCUUUCAGGACAAAUCUUAUGAGAACUUGGUCCAGGAGGUGGUUGAUUUUGAGAAGCUGGAGGAUCAUGCUGCAGUGUUUCAGGGCCAUGACGUCGGGUACUGCUGUCUUGGGACGACCAGAGCCAAAGCCGGAGCUGAAGGGUUCGUCCGUGUAGAUCACGACUACGUACUGAAGUCUGCGGAGCUCGCCAAAGCUGGAGGCUGCACACACUUCCACCUGGAGUCAUCCAAAGGAGCUGACAAAUCCAGCAGCUUCCUGUACCUGAAAACCAAGGGCCAGGUUGAAGCAGAUAUAGCUGAGCUGGGUUUUGAAAGAUUCUCUGUCUACAGACCAGCGGUGCUUCUGGUGGACAGGCAGGAGAGCAGGCCUACUGAAUGGCUCGCCCGCAAGUUUAUGGGGGUGUUUCCCUCCAUGUCUAUCCCCAUCACCACCGUGGCUCGAGCUAUGGUGGUGAACACGCUGACUAAUGGAGAAGAAAAAACAGAGAUCCUUGAAAAUAAAGCCAUUUCUGACCUUGGUAAACUUGGAGAGAAACAAUAAGAUGUUUACAUUAGGCCUGUCCCCUCUCAUCAUCAUCAUCAUCAUCAUCAUUAUUUACAGUCGCUAGCCUGUGAAGUGCAUUUACUGAGACAUUUCACAAAAAACAACCUUACAACCUGGUAGUGCAGCACCAUUCGAUAGGCCAUAACAUUAACACCACUAUUGUUUCAAAACUCAUUGUUCAUUCUCUCGGCCCUUUUUGUCUGUGUCUGGUUCUCUGCAUGCUUUAUAAUUAGCAUCAUUUCCUUAUCAUUAUCCACCCUGUUCUUCAAUGAUGAGAACCCCACAGGAUAAACCACCACCAUGGCUGUGGUGUGUUAGUGUGCAGCGAUGCUGCUAGAUUAUUAUUUUUUUUUUAAUCAGUCAUAACAUUCCACCUCCUUGUUGUUGUUUUUACAGUCUUUUACUGUCUCAUGUAAUGAAUUGGAAUUUUACCAAUUUUACCACAAUUUCACCAUCAUCAGCAUUCUGUAUAAAACAGAAGACACAUAUAGGUUCACUGGUGGCUUUGAAUUGUAAAUAAAUAUUUUUGUUCCAAUUUGAUUUUAAUUUUCCAGAGAAGAAAUUUCUUUGCAAAAAAAACACAAUUUCACACCAAACUUCCACCCUAAAUAUAGUAUUUAUAUUUCCUAAUAGUUAAAUACAGGCUACAAAGCAGAGUAGGUUUAUACAUUUAAUCAAACAAAUUCAUAUUCAUAUCAUUUUGUUGAGUGGUUUUGACAGGCCUAAUUUACUUGCAUCCCAAAUUUUGUCAUUUGCUAAAUCAUAUAAGGAGAUUGUAAUGGUGCUGGUGUUAUUAUAUUUUUUUUAAUAGAAAUAUCCAGAUAAGCUCUGAAUUGUGAAAUUGUCCUCAUUGUAAGCGUUCAUGAAUGUGCAGUGGUUAUGUAAUAUGUAUAAUAUUGAAACAAUGUUUAACACAUUAAAAAGGAAAUGUUAAAUAUUAUAUUAUGCACUGCCUUAAACCAAUAUAAGAGGGAACUUUCAUAUUUCUGUAUAUCUCUGCAGAGACCUUUAAUGUUUAUAUUUAUGCACGAGAUUGUUGACUUAAACACGUCUGCUGUUUGUUGUGCUUAAUAAAUCAGGGGAAUAAUUAAUAAAUGUUUGAAACCUUGA